AUGAGUUCUUCGCUUGAAAUGACGACCAACGACCAUGCAAACAGCCAUGGCAGUACGGUGCCGCUUCUCAUCGACGGCAAAGAUGUGCACACGGCCCAGAAGAUGGCUGUUGUAUCGUCUGAGCAGAAACGCACGGUGUGGAAGGCAGCAGCUGCUUCGAAUGCCGACGCUCUUGCGGCGCUCGAGGCUGCCAGCCGAGCCUUCCCGGCAUGGUCGGCGACAAAGCCGGCUGCUCGACGGGAUAUUCUCAUCAGAGCAGCAGACGUCUUUGACCGGCGGGCGGAAGAGCUGAAAGGGUACAUGAAGGAGGAGACGAGCGCCCAUGCGGCAUUUUCCGAAUUCAACAUCGCCACGUCGUCAGGCAUUUUGCGCGAUGUCGCUGGCCGGGUCAGCACUGCGCUCUGUGGCAGCUAUCCUGUUUGCGAUGAGCCUGGGACGCAGGCGGUGGUGGUGAAGGAGCCGUAUGGGGUUGUCCUCGGCAUUGCACCCUGGAAUGCUCCUUACAUUUUGGGGAUACGAUCAGUGGUGUAUGCGCUCGCAGCAGGGAACACGUGCAUUCUCAAGGGCAGUGAGUUUGCACCCCGUUGCUUCUGGGCCAUUGGGUCUGUUUUUCGCGAAGCUGGCCUACCAGCUGGCUGUCUCAACGUGAUCUUCCACCGGCCAGAAGACGCUGCCUCCAUUACGGCUCAGUUGAUCGAGCAUGACGCUGUCAAGAAGAUUAACUUCACUGGCAGCACUGCUGUGGGCAGGAUCAUCGCACAGACGGCAGGCCGAAAUCUGAAGCCUACCCUGAUGGAGCUGGGCGGCAAGAACAGCGCGAUUGUGUGCGAGGAUGCCGACUUGGACAGAGCGGCCCAACAAUGCGCCCUGGGAACCUUUUUACAUGCUGGCCAGGUCUGCAUGUCGACAGAGAGGAUUCUGGUGCAUAAGAGCGUGCUGAAGCUAUUUACGGGGAAGUUCAAAAAGGCCAUUGAGACGAUUUUUGAUAGCGGCCUGGUGCAGGAUGCACUGAGCAAAGGAGCAGAGCAUGUUCAUGGCACGAUCCCCUCGCCAGAGGCGGGCGCCUUGGUAAUCACGCCGACGGUGCUGGGAGGCGUAACAAAGGAAAUGGAUGUGUACUACACCGAGAGCUUUGGCCCGUGUGUCAGUCUGAUUGCUGUGGACAGUGACGAGGAAGCGGUGGCGAUAGCCAAUGACUCCGACUACGGGCUGAGCGGAGCGGUCUUCACCAAGGACCUGAGCAAGGGGCUGUCUAUGGCUGGACGGAUCGAGUCGGGGGCGGUGCACAUCAACAGCAUGACAAUACACGACGAGGCUGGGCUGCCGCAUGGCGGAGUGAAGAGCAGCGGAUGGGGGCGGUUCAAUGCACAGGCGGGAUUGGUUGAGUUUCUCAGGAGCAAGACGAUCACAUUUCAGAUCUAA